UAUUUUUCAAGCACUUUGUGUUAUUGAUACGAUAGAUAUCAACCAGUUAAUAAUACUCCCACUACCUGGGUAUCAAGGAAUUCAACUAAUUAUUCUGCUAAAAUGACUACUUCAAGCAAUAACUUUCCGUUUGAAAUGAAAGACCUAGAUCCAGAAGAAGCAGAUGAAAUACAUAAACACUUUUUCAAAGGGUAUCAAAAUGGAUUUUUGCGAGUCGGCCCAAAGGGAUAUUUUUUCACCAACGGCAUUAAAGUAGAUAUUAAAAAUACAUAUAACAUGCCAAUACGACCUGACGAUACUUUUGUGGUCACGUUCCCUAAAUCAGGAACGACUUGGACGCAGGAACUUGUUUGGAUGGUGGCAAACAAUUUAGACUACGAAAAAUCUGAUUCCAUACCGCUUCAUGAACGGUUCCUAUUUCUAGAUAUGUUUAUGGUAAUAAAUAGCGAUAUAACGAAGAACUAUAUGAAAGACUUCGUGAAAGGAGACGAGCGGCUGUUAAAAAUUAUAGAGAAAGUGACUACUCCUGGCACCGAGAAUGCGGCGAAAUUGCCUUCGCCUCGGUUCAUUAAGACACACAUGCCCUUUUCACUACUGCCGCCGAAGCUGCUGGACACCGCCAAGGUGGUGUACGUGGCGCGCGACCCUCGCGACGCCGUGGUGUCCUACUACCACCACCACAAACUCUUCCAUUUCAUGGGCUACACCGGCGACUUCAAACAGUACUGGGAGUACUUCAUUCAGAACAAAAGCUUUAUUAAUCUAACUAGGAAUCACCCUAACUUACUGUUUCUCUUUUAUGAGGAUAUGUUGAAGGACUUGCCGAAGGCAGUUCGACAAGUUGCGGAAUUCCUAGGCAAGACUAUGACUGACGAGCAAGUCUCUCGUCUAUGUGACCGCCUCAAAUUAGAUAACUUCAAGAAAAACCCAAUGCUUAACUUCAAUGUCGGGGGAAGGGACCUAGGAUGGAUAACUAAAAAAGAUAGAACAUUUAUUAGAAAAGGCAAAUCUGGCGACUGGCGCGAGCACUUCGACGAGCAGAUGACCGCGCAGGCGCAGCGGUGGAUCGCCGACAACCUGCGCGGGACCGACCUGCGCUUCCCGAAAUCCCGACUAUAACUGAUAGUGAUUUAGCAUCCUACAACAAAUAAACGAUUUUGAAUUAUUAAUUUUGAAAUAAUCACCUUUAACUGAAAAUUAUUAUAAUACUCAUUUAAAUUA